GGGAGAGGGCUGGCCUUUUGGAGCUGCCUGUGAAAUGUCAUGGAGGAAAAUGGAUAGUUGGUUGGACUCUCCUCCAAGGAAUGGCUAUGACUAAAGUGUUUGUUGUGUUGUACUGCUGGUCCGCUUGGCUGCUGCCAUUACAAAUAGGUGGAUCUGGAUUAGAGUACAGUGAGGAUUACAGUCUACUCCCUCCCUUAUUCAAGGAGUUGUCAGAGCGUUCCAGAUGGAGGGAUGAUGCACCAGGGCCCAAUAUGGUGGCAAUCAAAUACAUGAAAAGAUUGUACAAGAUGUCAGCCACCAAGGAGGGAGUUCCCAAACUUCAUAAGAACCCUGUAUACAACACAGUCAGGCUGUUCACUCCAAGGACAGAGUGCAAACCAGGAAAGAUGAGGGAGAUAAAUGGUGGCAUGCAAUCACUGGACUUGACUUUCAGUGUUGAUCGUGUUUCUGCUGUGGAGCAGCUAUUGCAGUCCCUCUUGCUUUACUCUGUGAGUAAGAGAGUUUCCACGUCCAACAUCACUUGCACAUGCAGCUUGGAGAUCCUGGAUCACGAGAUCAUAAACACAAUGUGUCCUCGUGUCCCUCAAUCCUUCCAUUUCCAGCUUCACAAAAGGCAAAGAUGGGUUGAAAUUGACGUAACCUCUAUUCUGCAACCAUUCAUUUCCAACAAGAGGCAAAAUAUUCACUUAGCCUUGAAUUUCACUUGUAUGAAAAACAACAAACAGUACAAUUUUGCUAUGACAGGUCCACUUAAAAUGGCCAGGGCCUCACCAUCUCUACUCUUGUACCUGAAUGAUACCAGCAAUAAAGCCUACCAUAGGAAAACAGUGUAUGAUAUGACAGAGCCACCACUCUAUAAUCCAGUGGGAAGAAUGUCCUCCCUCUUGACCAGUGAUGGAGGGAACCUCAAGUUGCAACAAAUGUCCAGACAACGAAGAGAUCAUGAUUAUGAAGCUAUAUUGGAGGAGAACACGACUGCUGUGCCCCACACCUUUAAUUUUAGUGAGUACCUUAAGCAGUUCAUAUACCCUCAAAAUGAAUGUGAGCUUCAUCGGUUCCGACUUAGCUUCAGCCAGCUCAAUUGGGACAAAUGGAUACUGGCCCCUCAUCGGUAUAGUCCGGAUUACUGCAAAGGCGUGUGUCCUAGAAUUGUUGGCCAUCGAUAUGGAUCACCAGUUCACACCAUUGUCCAGAAUAUCAUCUAUGAAAAAGUUGACUCUUCCAUUCCACGUCCAUCUUGUGUCCCCUCUGAAUACAGACCGAUGAGUGUCUUAACCAUUGAACCCGAUAACUCUAUUGCUUACAAAGAAUACCAGGAUAUGAUUGCUACAAAGUGCACUUGUCGCUAGCUCUUUUGUCUUUUUGUCAGAAAUGGAAGUGGCAGCAGUGAAGAUUCAAAUGUAUCCAUUAAUGGGAAAAUAUACUCCCCUUUUGACAAGAGAACAUCAGUUACACGAGAACCUUGAUAGUCUGUCUGAGCUUGCUGGGUUUGGUUCCCCACCCCCUUUAGGCUCACAGUGUGAUGCCACCCCUCCCCCUUCUUCCACUGAGAAAUGAUGGCUUCAAAAUGGAGCAAGUUGAAGGACCAGUAACAUCAAUUUUUUUUUUAAAUUCGUUAGUAUAGAACCGAAAAAAAACCACAAAGACAAAUUAAACUUUUAAAUCGCUAAGUCUUUAUUAAGAAAUAACUUACCGAAACUCCGCUUGCGCUCCUCUUCGGAAAAGGCGACAGGGCGGCGAUCCAUCAUGCGGCGCUAGAUUUCUCCUCCCUGACUAUCUCCUAUAAGGAAGUCAGGGAGGAGAAAUCGAGCCCCGCACGAUGGAUUGCCAGCAGAGUUUGGGAAGUUAUUUCUUAAUAAAGACUUAGCGAUUUAAAAGUUUUUGUCUGUGUUUUUUUCGUUCUCUACCAACCAAUUUAAAAAAAAAAACCUGAUGUUACUGGUCCUUUAAGGAAGAGGUUGCAUUACACUGUGAUUCUAAGGGGGUAGAGAACUGAUUUCAGCAAGCACGCAGAUAGACUUUCAAGAAACAGCAAAUUCUGGAAAUUAAGAUGCGCUCGCAUCAUAGGGUAUAUUUUUCCUUUAAAAAGACACAUUAGAUCACCAACUGUUCAAAGUCACAAUUUUGGGUUGAAUCCAUUACAUAGAUUUAUAAUAGCAUUAUGUAUGGGUAAUAUUCUAUUGAGCAUAUAUAAACAAGAAAAGUUAAUAUGCACUAUAAAACAGUACAGGCAACAUUUCAUUAUUUUGAACAUAAAAACAAUACAUAGGGCUGCACAUUUACUCUGACUUGGGAAAUAAGCCCCAUAAGAUGACAUUUUGUUUGGGAUCCAUUAUAUUGUUAUGUAUAGGGAAAAGGGUCUGUUACUCUCUAGUCUACAAUAUGGAAUUUCUGUUGGUAGGUGCGCCUAUCCUCCAACUGCAGUUACAAGAAGCCAGUCAUGUGUCUUCUAAAUUUAAAGAUGUUUUAACUUUGCAGUGACAUCAGCUAACACCAUGUCAUCAGUGAAAUAACAGAGCCUUUGCUUGUCCUUUGUGCUAUAAAAUUGAUAGAAAAUAGUGUAUAGGGUUCAGUUCCACAACUAGAUCUUUAUCUCACUGACAUGGAACCGAUGUCUCUGAAGUUGCAGUGUUGUUAUUUUUAAUACCAAGAGGUCUCUUGAUGCCAAGAAGGAGGUUUUAUGAUUGCAUAAAAUAUCGACCAACCGCUUCUGAAUUUUAACGCAUUUUUAAAGAUUUGGGUGAAAACGGUUGUCCGUUGGACAACCACCCUCCUUCAUGCGUGGUAUCUGAGAACAAAGUUGUCUGGCGCCUUAAGACAACCUCCUUCAUACAACACAGCAAGUAAGUUCUUAGUUGUAAAGUAUGUGGGGGCAACAGAUUCAUAUGUGUCUUGAAUGCUGUUACCCACUAGAAUUUAAAUACUAACUAGCAAUAAAGUAAAUAUAUACUUUUAGAAAACCUCCUUUCUGGACAUCAAUCGAAAACCAGCAUAAUCUAACUUUAUUUCAGUAUUUAUCUAAGAACUUUUGUAUGGUAUUAACCGUGGUAUUCAACCAUCCCUCUAACAGCUGAACUACAUCUCCCAGAGCCUCUACCCAGGGCACUUAUUAUUCAAGAGUUGGGGGGCAAUGGCUGCACAUUUUGUACAAUGCCAUAUAUAUUUUUUUGAUGGGUGAAGAGUUUUGAUGAAAUCUAGAACCUAUUUACAAAACAACUCUAAAGUUGCUUCUGAGAUUAUGCUACAGUUACCUGUUAUUCAUAUAUUUUUUGUGUCCUGGUUUUCCUUAAGUGCAUAUGGAACUUGUUUUAUCUUUUUGAUAAGUUUUAAACCCCUAAUAUUCAUAUUUUGAAAAGGGUUUAAUCUAGCUUUGUCCUUCUAUUGCGCUGCGAUUUAUACAUCAUCUCUUAAAAUAUCUUUUGUUAUUUCAGAAUGUAAAACGAGAGAGCAUGUGGCUACCUACUGAUGUUCAUACCUUAGUUCUGCUCCUAUGGGGGCAACCAAAUCUUCUAGAACAACACCUUGUAUGCCAGAUGCGUCUAAAAAAAGGCAAUGACUGUUGAAUUAUAGUUGACCUGUUAAGUCUAAAGGAAUUCUACACAUGAGAAUGUUUUGCUAGCUGAAAGCAAAUGUUCACACUAUGUGAUUAAAAGAUGAAAUGCAAAA